CCUAUUUGUCUGUGAUACUGACAUGUACUGGUCAAGUGAAAGGAACAGAUGUAAUGCAUGCACGUACAUAUGUACAAAUACCUACAAGAGACAAACAAAGUAUUGCGUCAAUGCAUGCCCAUUUUUUCACCAAUCUCUGCUGGGCAAUGAUGUUACUACUGGCGACGUUCCCAGUAAUGAAUCAUCACAAAAACAGUCUGGAUCUGCAGGCUUUAUUUUCAAAUGGCUAUUUAUUAUUGCAAUUAUAGCAACUACUUUCUUUGUAUGCAUGAAAAGAAAAUUGAUAUCAAAGAAAAUAAGUUUUGCAAAGAAAUGGAUAGCUGAUGCUCUGAAUAGCAGACUAUCUCAUCCUCAAGUAGAGCAAAACAAUGGCAUACAUUAUAAUACACAUUCAAACGGUGUAUCAUCUGGACCUUUAGGCAUAUCUGGAAAUCUAACUUCAAGAGAUGAUCUCAGUGGAAAAUCUGAUAUUGAACUUAAAGUAAUGUCAUAUUAAAAUAAAAUGGUUGUAACGUUACAUCAGAUGUUCCAUCAGGAGAAAAGCUGUAAUAUUAUAACAAAGUAUUUACAUAACCUGUGUAAAAAUUCCUCAUAA